UCAGCACAGGGAACAGCCAUGGAGGGGGACUGUCUCAGCUGCAUCAAGUACCUCAUGUUCAUCUUCAACUUCCUCAUUUUUUUAGGAGGCUCCUUCCUGCUUGGUGUGGGUGUGUGGGUACUGGUGGACCCUAUGGGCUUCAGGGAGAUGGUAGCAGCCAACCCUCUGCUCUUCACUGGGGUCUACAUCAUCCUGGCCAUGGGGGCGAUGCUCUUCCUCCUCGGCUUCCUGGGCUGCUGCGGAGCCAUCCGGGAGAACAAGAGUCUGCUGCUCUUUUUCUUCAUGCUCAUCCUGGUCAUCUUCCUGGCAGAGUUGGCAGCAGCCAUCUUGGCCUUCGUAUUCCGGGAGCAUCUCACCAGAGAGAAGUUCACCAGAGAUCUGAAGAGACACUACCAGGGACACAACAAUACGGACGUCUUCACCUCCACCUGGAACGCCCUCAUGACCACCUUUGACUGCUGUGGGGUGAACAGCCCGGAUGACUUUGAGGAGAGCCUGUUCAGGCUCCUCAGCCCAGACAAGAUGGUUCCUGGCGUGUGUUGCCAGGGCAACGGUCACCCUGGAGAUGCGGUGGAUGACCUCAGCAGGGACGAGUGUCAGAGGGGAAGCAUGGAGCUCCGCUACAACAAGGGUUGUUACUCAGCAGUGGUGGACUAUUUUGAGACGUAUAUCUACAUGGCAGGAGCUCUGGCCAUUGUCGUCUUGACGAUUGAACUGUUUGCCAUGGUGUUUGCCAUGUGUCUGUUCAGAGGAAUCGACCAGUAA